CAAGAGAAAUAAAUCAAAACACUUUAGUCCACAUCUCUUCUCUGCUCCAACACCCUCUUUGCUCUGUUUUAUUCCAAAAAAAAGCUUCUGUUUUUGGUUCUGGAACUUGGCUAUCUCUCUUUUUUUUUAUUUUAUAAUCAUAUCCCUGUAUUGAAUUUGUAAGCAAGGGUGAUGAUGUUUAUGGUGAUCGGGAGUAGGUGCUCUCACACUUCCCACAUCACUGAAAUCAUAAUCACAAGCUUCUUUCGCCACAAGCUAUAGAUCUCUAUUAAUUCCAUAUAGUAUAUAGUUUUAAUACAAGAAAGCAAUAUAUAUUUAAAAGGGAUAUUUAUCAAGAACCCCAAAUUCUUGAUUACAUAACGAAACGAGUGGAUAUGGGUGUUUCUUGAAAAGAUCUCUGUUUUAUAAUUUUAAAAAAAUAUCUGUAGAAUUCGAAGCUAUGAUGGCUCCAGGGAUUCUCUACGGUGGUGCUUCUAAUUUCGAUGGCGUUUUUACUCAAAAACAGAGGGAUGUGUUUUCUUCAUCUACUGCGCCAAAAGGGCAUCUUGGUUCCCUUUUUGCCCCUGCCUGUUCUUCUAAUUUCUUGGGAUCCAGUUCUAUGGUCAGUUUUGGCGGUGUUAAUGGAGGGAAAAGGUCAUUCUUUGACUCGUUCGAUCAGGAUGACAAUGAAGCUGAUGAAUUGGGGGAGUAUUUUCAUCAAGCGGAGAAGAAGAGGCGACUUACUGACAACCAAGUUCAGUUUCUUGAGAAGAGUUUUGGGGAAGAGAACAAACUUGAACCUGAAAGAAAAGUUCAGCUUGCUAAAGAACUUGGUUUGCAGCCUCGCCAAAUUGCAAUUUGGUUUCAGAAUCGUCGUGCACGAUGGAAGACUAAGCAGCUUGAGAAAGAUUAUGAUGAACUGAGGAAUAGAUACGACGCUCUGAAAUCAAAUUACAAUAAUCUUCUCAAGGAAAAAGAAGAUCUUCGAACUGAAGUUUUCCAUCUCACCGAUAAGCUGUUUGUCAAAGAGAAAGGAAACGGGCAAAUUGAUUUACGCGAUGAAAACAAACACUCCGAUGCAUUGGCAAAAGAAACCGUGGCUGAUCCAAUUUCAGGAGUAGAAAUGUCCAAUGUACCAGCUCUGGUUGUUAAGCACCAGCAGGAAGAUUUAAGCUCUGCUAAGAGUGAUGUUUUUGACUCAGAGAGCCCACGUUACACCGGUAGGGUGCAUUCCUCAGUCAUAGAUCAGGGUGAUUCUGCUCGCGUAUUUGAAACUGAGCAGUCGGAUUUAUCUCAGGAUGAUGAUGAAAACUUCAGCAAGACUAUGCUUUCUACUGCCAACCUACUUGGCAAAGCCGCGGAUGAUGAUUAUCCCGCGACAUCAUCAAAUUUGAGUUACUUUGGAUUUCCAGUUGAAGACCAAGGUUUUGGUUUCUGGACUUAUUAAGCUAAUGUUUGUAUUUGAUUAGUAGUAAUGCGGAAUACUAUUUAAUGUGUCCUAGUAAUAUGUCAUAUAUUUGGAGACAUUGUAUUAUAGUAGCACAUUUCUGUAAUAAAUAAAGUCCAAUGUAUGGGUCCAGAACACUAAUGAGUUCUGCUCACAAAACAGUUUGGAACUAUGGCUAUUGCGCUUUGCAAACCUGUUGUGAAAUCUAACUUUUCUUUUGUCAA